UUCGGUUUGGAGGGUGAAUAACGCAACCCCUGUUCCGUCCGUUCCUUGUUCUUCUGUUAUCGUAGCUAGCAGAAAGAAAUGUGUCAGCUGCUGCGUCUGCAGCUCGAAUACCACUUUCUUUUUCAAUUUUCUGACUUUACGCAGUGAUUUAUUUUGAUGGCAAGCUGCUGAGGCAACGCUUCAUUGGCCCUUCCAGUUUUGUUGUCCUCGGAAUCGAAGCAAAAACCUAAUUUUUCUAUGGGAGUGAUUGAUGAUGAACUACAAGAUGUGUCCAAGCUUUGUGAACGUACCAUCCCUGGGUGUCGUCUUAUCUCCUGCGUCGAGUCACUUGUUCGUGUCGAAAUAAGUCGCACAAAUACCAAAAAAAUUGUAGUAUGCAUUCAGUUUCCUCCCAAGUACCCACAAGAAAUUUUGCUUAUUGAAUUAAAAAGCAGAACUCUAUCAGAGCACCUACUUGAAAAACUAACAAGUGUAUGUGAGCAAGAUCUAAAGAAACGCGUAGGAAAACUUCAGAUCCUUCAUCUCUUAAAAUUUAUCCGGUCUUUCAUUGAUGAAAAUCCUCUCUCCUGCUGUUAUGAUGAGAUUUCAACCAUUAAGCAAAAAGUGCUGGAUCCUAAAGUGGAAGGUGAUGAACUUCGUUUGAAACAAAAAUCCUCAUCCCUUAUUCUUAAAGUAUGUCAGGGAAAUUAUUUCUUGAAAACUAAUGUGAUCGUCCCUGAAGAUUAUCCUGAGAAGGCAGUUAUCCUGCAAGAUGUUGAUACAAACUUUCCUCCAAUGUUCCAACGCUUUUGUAUUGGACAGGCAAAAGAGAUUGCAAGGAAGUGUGUUGAACCACCCCUAAAUAAAAAGAAAAUAAAUGAACCAUUUUUGCCAAAGCCUUCCGUACUUCCGGUUUUGUCGUUCCUUGGAAACCUUGUGAAGGAAAUGCCUAAAGAAAACUGCCAGCUGUGCAAAAAUAUGUGUCUGCCAUUGAAUCCUCAGGAAGCAGAAACUGAUGAAAAUUGUGAUAUGCAUGUUGAGAGAGUGUAUUGUGGUCACUUAUUUCACCAACACUGUCUUCUUACCUACAUGAAGACUCCGCCUUUUCAAGGUGGGAAGCAAUGUCCAGCGUGUGGGAAGAGAAUUUACCAUGACAAAUGGCGUCUUAGUGAAAAACUAGCUGAAGAUAGAUGGGCCCACCAGCAAGCUCGCGAAAGAGAAUUGGAGGAAGUUGUGGACUUCUUUAAUGAACUGUGACAACUCUGUUUACUCUGUAAAUAACCAUCUGUCCGCUUUUGUUCCCUGUGGGAAUGUUCCAUCAUUAUUGCCUCUAUUCAUGGGAGGGGGACAUGGAGUGCUUCAUGACAAAGAACAAUUAAGUCUGUAAAUUUGUAAACUGAUUUAUUAUUAGAGUAGAACUCUUGUAUGGUGAACUGUGCUAAGUUCUCAUCGACCAAAGUCUGUCAAAUGCAUAUAACAAUUGGAAAAUUGUUGCAGAGCAAUUUUUAAAAUGA